CUGUCCGAGUUUUUCUCUGCAGUGUUUGGUCUGUUUUUGCUAUCUCUCUCCCCCUCUGCAGUGAUACUCAUUGAAGUGAGAAAGAGAACAAGUGAUGGGCUGGUUUCCCUGUGCUGGGAAGUCAAGCAAAAAUGCAAAGAAGACUCUGAAGAAGAGGCCUGAUGAUCAGAUCCCAUCUUCUUCAGGUAAAACAAAGCCAAACUUGGGACAGGAUGUGAAGAAGGAGACCCCUACAGAUGCUAGCUCUGAUCACAUUGCAGUACAUACAUUUAUGUUUCGUGAAUUGGCUUCUGCAACAAAGAAUUUCAGGGCUGAUUGUCUAUUGGGUGAAGGUGGUUUUGGCCGAGUAUAUAAAGGGAGAUUGGAAAGUACCAAUAAGGUUGUAGCUAUCAAGCAACUUGAUCGUAAUGGGCUGCAAGGGAAUAGGGAGUUCCUUGUUGAAGUAUUAAUGUUGAGCCUACUUCACCAUCCUAAUCUUGUUAACUUGAUUGGCUAUUGUGCUGAUGGAGAUCAAAGACUCUUAGUUUAUGAAUACAUGCCAUUAGGAUCUUUGGAAGACCAUUUACAUGACCUCCCUCCUGACAAAAAACGACUUGAUUGGAAUACAAGAAUGAAGAUAGCUGCGGGUGCUGCAAAGGGCUUGGAGUAUUUGCAUGACAAAGCUAAUCCCCCUGUUAUAUAUCGUGAUUUGAAAUGCUCAAACAUUUUACUUGGUGAAGAUUAUCAUCCCAAGCUGUCUGAUUUUGGUUUGGCAAAACUGGGUCCUGUUGGAGACAAAACCCAUGUAUCCACCAGAGUGAUGGGAACCUAUGGGUAUUGUGCACCUGAAUAUGCAAUGACAGGUCAGCUUACUCUUAAAUCAGAUGUAUAUAGCUUUGGUGUUGUGCUCCUUGAGAUUAUUACUGGAAGGAAAGCUAUUGACAAUUCAAGAGCUGCUGGGGAGCAUAAUCUCGUUGCAUGGGCACGGCCAUUGUUCAAAGAUAGAAGGAAGUUUGCGCAGAUGGCUGACCCAUUAUUACAAGGACAAUAUCCAGUGAGGGGCUUGUACCAAGCUCUUGCUGUUGCUGCAAUGUGUGUUCAGGAACAGCCUAACAUGCGACCCCUUAUAGCUGAUGUAGUUACAGCCCUUACCUAUCUUGCUUCCCAAAGGUAUGAUCCCGAGACGCAACCAGUCCAAGCGUAUCGUCCAGGCUCAUCAACUCCUAGAACUAGAAGGGAACAGUGAAUUUUGUAGCCAGUAAGAGAAGGAUUUAGGAGGCACAGUAAUCUGAGAAGGUUCAUUCCCUGGAACCAAUGAUAAUAUUGCUGUCACCAUUCAGGUUCAGGCUGUGGCAAUACAGAAUGCAUUUCUCAGCGGAGUUAUUUAUAUGAUUCAAAGAUCAUUGGAAUGGCGUUUAGUUAUAGGCAAUUGUCAGCUGCUGCAUAUGAUUUAUGGCCUUGCCAGUAGAUCAGAUUUUGCAUUACUCCAGAUAGCAGGUGCAAUGCCCAAGAACAAUUCUGUUUUUUCUAUAGAAGAUUCCUCUCUCUCUCUCUCUCUCUCUCUCUCUCGACCUUGUUAUUGAUUAUUAUUUUUUUUCCCAUCUUCUUGCUCUCUUUUACAAGAUUUUUUCAUGUACAAUUGAGCUUGGGGCUUUGUAUCUAGUAUUCAUAUAGAAACUGAAUUCAACUUUAAAGAUCAUCAGCUUUUGCUUGGUGUUGCUUC